AUGGCACAAUCGCUUUUUCUGAUCACCCCAAAUAUUCCCGUACACUCAUCCUUGCAAGGUGAUGAGCAGAGGCCAGGAUUUUUUGCAUCGAAAAGUAGACCGUGUAUUCUGAAGCUUUCAUCCAAUUUCAGAGCAACAGCACAAGCAGCUCAGCGAGCUGAUUCUAAAGGAAUUGAAAUUCCUCGCCAGUGGUACAAUCUAAUUGCAGAUCUUCCAGUAAAACCACCACCUCCUCUUCAUCCAAAAACUUUCGAACCAGCAACACCGGCAGAUUUGUCACCUUUAUUUCCGGAUGAGUUGAUUAAGCAAGAGGCCUCCAAUGAUCGUUUUGUUGACAUCCCAGAGGAGGUUAUAGAUGUUUAUAGGCUUUGGCGGCCUACCCCUUUGAUCAGAGCUAAAAGAUUGGAGAAACUGCUCGAUACGCCGGCUAGAAUCUACUACAAGUAUGAGGGGGUUAGCCCAGCUGGGUCACACAAACCGAACACUGCAGUACCACAGGUCUGGUACAACGCACAGCAAGGUGUCAAGAACGUAGUUACAGAGACUGGUGCUGGCCAAUGGGGGAGUUCACUUGCUUUUGCGUGCAGCUUAUUUGGUCUCAACUGCGAGGUGUGGCAGGUCCGUGCUUCUUAUGAUCAGAAACCAUAUCGUAAAUUGAUGAUGCAAACUUGGGGCGCCAAAGUGCACCCUUCACCUUCCAGUAUUACUGAAUUUGGUCAGAGAAUACUCGAUAAAGAUCCAUCAACCCCAGGAAGUUUAGGAAUGGCUAUUUCCGAGGCUGUGGAGGUAGCAGCUACAAAUGCUGAUACCAAAUAUUGUCUAGGAAGUGUUCUCAAUCAUGUUUUGUUACAUCAAACUGUUAUAGGGGAGGAGUGCAUAAAACAGAUGGAGGCUAUAGGGGAGACUCCAGAUGUGAUUAUUGGCUGUACUGGGGGCGGGUCCAAUUUUGCAGGACUUGCUUUUCCAUUUAUUCGGGAGAAAUUUAAUGGAAAGAUCAACCCUGUUAUUAGAGCAGUUGAACCUGCAGCAUGCCCCUCCUUGACAAAAGGUGUAUAUGCUUAUGAUUAUGGUGAUACAGCCGGGUUGACUCCUUUGUUGAAGAUGCAUACUCUUGGACAUGACUUUGUACCAGACCCUAUUCAUGCUGGUGGUCUGCGGUACCAUGGAAUGGCUCCAUUGAUUUCGCAUGUCUAUGAAUUGGGUUACAUGGAAGCAAUUUCGAUUCAGCAGAAAGAAUGCUUUGAAGGUAUUCAUCUUUUCCUUCUCCACAUAAAGCUCAAAGUAGAGAGUUUGUUGCUUGUUCUGGAUACGAACUGA